CAGCUGUAGGUGGAUGUGAACUUCCUCGUAGGGAUUUACUUUAUGUCAACAAAGCCGGAGGCAGAGUUCAGCCAACGCGACGUGUCUCUGGAAAACCCCGGUACCGGUUAAAAAGUCCAAGUCUCCCGGCUUUGUUGAUUCUCUUCUUUAGUGUCAGUUGUUUCUGGGUGUAAAAUGACUUUCUGUAGACUUCUCUCGGUGGCUCUUAUACCGAUUUGUUGGGUGUUCGUGUCUGUGUCGGAGGAAUUGACCAAUCCGGCCGCCGGCAUCACCUCGGCGCCCAGACCCGCCGUGACUAACAGCAGCGCGGUGAACUCCACACACAGCGGCGGUAAGAACCGCGGAGGGCUGUUCGGUGUGGACAGCUCGAUGAUCCAGAGGGCCCUGUACGUCCUCAUAGGCAUCACCAUGAUCGGAGUCCUCUACUUCCUCAUCCGAGCCGUGCGGCUGAAGAAACCCGCCCAGAGGAAGAAGUACGGUCUGCUGUCAAACUACGACGACUCUGUGGAGAUGGAGGCGGUGGAGAGCGACGAGGACGACACUGUGUAUGAAGCUCGCAGCCUCCGCAGAUGAGUCCGGCUGCAGUUUCUUUGUCACCUGACGGAUGGGACGGGUGGAGACCUGCUGCUGUUUUCUGCCCUCUGUGAAGCCUGUCAGGUGAUAUUGAUUAUGGAUUAGGAGAGAGAGGACUGACCAGUGACGACUGGAGGAAGAUAAAUGGACCAAAUAUCAUCAUCAUCAUUAGUGCUAUUAUUGUUAUUGCAGAUAAAUGCCAAAGCUAUGAGCUGCUCCAGAGGCUGAGCAGGUUAAUAAAUGUUUUUUUUUUUUUUUAUUGUCGUAUUGGAUGAUGCAAGCGUGGUGGUGAAGUCGCUCUGUCGUCAUGGAGGAGCAGGAUGCUCUCUCUCUCUCUAUGCUCUCUCUCUCUCUCUCUCUCUCUCUCUCUCUCUCCCCCCUGCGGGUCAUCAUGAGGCCAAAUUUCCCUCCUCUGUGUGGAAUUAUUAUUAUUUCAAAGUCUUUUUCUAAGAAUUCUUUUGUCUUUCUUUUUCAUUCGGAGCUCUGACUGUGUGCUUUAACUACUGUGAACUGAUAAACCUGCAGAGUGCUGAUCUGUUUAGACAGCAGCAGCGAUUGAUCUGGAUUUUUUCCUCCUUGCGGACUGUGACCCUCCACGCUGCACAGACCUGAACCGGACGCCUUUAAAGGAGCUCAGAUGUGACAGCGUGAACAUCAUCUCCAGCUUCGUUUCCUGUGUCUGGUGACAGGACACGUUCAGGCUGAAACGGGCUCUUAGAGCUAAAUGAUGGGUUUGGAGGUUAACCUCCCUUUUUCCGGUGUUUGUUGUGUUUAUUUCCUGUCUCAUCCGGUGACACUUCAUUUUAUGGUGCCAUCACUUUCUCACAAUUCCAGAGGAACUUUUCUAGAAAGAAUGAAUCUUUAUUCAUAAUUCACUGAAACUUUUUUCUCUCAUAUGUUGAGUUAAUAUUCGUACAUACUCAGCUGCUGUGCACCACCUGAAACUACAUCCAUAUUUAAUAUUUAAUUGCUUCAAAUCAAGUGCAAAAAUUGAACUCUCUGUAUUUUCCUCACAAUAAAUUCCAAAGGAAAGGCUUCUUUCUAAAAAAAAAAAUGUCUUGGAAAUAAUCUGAAAAAAUGUACCCAUCAGACGAAGGCCUUCCUGUGAGACUGUGGUUUAAAGAGAGUAAAGCAGCAGCUCAGUGAUGAUCAGACCAGCGUUUGUCUCUGUAUGUUUCAUCAAAGGUUUACAACUGUUAGAAAACACCAGACCUGCAAACCUUUGAUUCACAUGCAUUUAAGAGUAAAAUCAUUAAAGUGUUUUAUAUUUGAA